AUGAACUCUCGCGAGCAAUCUGACAUGGCUCCGACCAACUCUUAUCCCUCCCCGAAUGCUGCGCAAAUGGCCCAGGGGGCCAUGCCGUACUACAGCAAUCGCCAGCUGACCACUGACGAGCUCCUCUCCGCUGAAUUGUCGCGUGAAGCCUCGGGCCCUGGAAUGGGAGAUGGAUCAAGUAAUGGUGUGCAUCAUGGCCAAGGCAUGGUGUUGGGCUCUUCAAAUGCAGGUGAUAUGGGUCGUCCUUCGUCCGAGGAUCACCAGCAUCAACACAUGCUGCAAUUCCCACCUGGCCAGCAAGUAGGCGUCGAUCCAAACCAUGACCUGAGCUAUGGUGAACAGAGUGCGCGUAAGCGAUCGAAAAUUUCAAGAGCCUGCGACGAGUGUCGGCGCAAGAAGGUGCGAUGCGAUGCGAGUUCGGAAACUGGUCUUGAGACAUGCUCAAAUUGUCGCCGAUUGGGGGUUGUGUGUCAGUUCAGUCGCGUUCCGAUGAAACGUGGGCCCAGCAAAGGUUAUAUCAAGGAACUUGCCGAGCGACUUCAUACUCUCGAGAAUCAGAUGCAGCCGGGCAUCGUGCAGCCUGACGUGCCAUACCAGUCCAUGAACGAGGUGUCCCUACCCAGGGCAUACCAGGACUUCGCUUCUCCGGUGGAUUCCGGCUCUGCCAAUCGCAAGAGAACAUACUCCGUGUUUGAGGGACUUCCAAGCUCUUCAUUUGCGCAGCCGUCGUUUAAUGCGCGCGGAUCGCAGAGUGCUUUCGAUGCAACAGAUUCCACAGCAGACCCAUAUAACCCGACAGUCGCCAGUGGUGGCGCACCGAAACCGGGCAACCUGUUCUGGAAUCCAACUGGUCAUGAGCAGGACUUGCCAAGUGGACUUGAAAUGGCGGACUUGCACAAGCAUGAAGGUGAUGAUGACAUGUCUCCAGUCAUUCUUGACGAGGGGGCUCUUGAUGCGUACUAUCAAAAAGUGCAUACUCUUCUGCCUAUCCUACCUCACACUAGGGAGCGAACCUUGGAACUUCUUCACCAGUGCAAUCGGGAGGCACAGGAAAUAUUUUGCUACGCACUAUACACCGUUACUCGCACCGAUUUGUCUCGCGUUGCAGGUAACUUUGAACGUAUCACAUCGUUUGACAAUGCUCAGGACCUUGUUCUGUACCACACCCGCCAGCCAUUGAUUGUUCACUCGACCGCAGUCAACCUUAUCUGGCUCCAAACCCUUCUUUUGAUGAUUAUAGACUGUGACCAGCGGGGUCCUGAUAACUUCGUUCUCAAGGACGGUAUUCCCAAGCACACUCUUGUUCAAGCUGCCAGCAAGCUUGGAUAUGAUCUGGCGAAGAACCAGGGCCAGCUAAAGAACAAGCGACCAUCUGAUCCUGAUGUUGACUCGGAUGCUAAUUUGACUCGACGUAACUGGGUUUCAUUGAUUAUUCUGACCCGCUGGUAUGCCAUUAGUGUUGCCGAUGCGACUGUUAUUGCUGGUCAUGAGAUUGGUGGCCGUGAGGACGAGAGAGUUGUUGGCCAUAUCACGACUGGUAUUGCUUCAUUUUCAACGUUCCUUUCAGAGAUGGUCACUUUGGCCACAGUGGAGCACAAUGUCUGCCAGACCAAUACUGGGCUCGGCCGAAUGGUCGGAGCUAACUUGGUUGCUUCCCUUGAGCGCCUAUCAGAGAUGGAAGAUGUAUUCAAAGUCCAUGAGCUUCCAGAGAACACCAGCACUCGCAUGCUUUUCGAGAGCCUCCAGGCUCAGCUUUACUGGACAGUUCGCCUUCUCAUCAAGCGCCAUGUGUUCGUCUACAGCCCUUAUGAGAUCAUUUACUGCGCUCAGGAGCUAGUCAACGAGUUAUAUAAAGCCAGUCUGCAGGCCCGGCCUCCGACGCCGUUCGAUUUGCACAGUUUGGCCCUCGCAUCUAUGACCUUGCUCGAGGCUACAGUCCUCCCCGAACAUGCAGAUGACUGCUGGGACUCACUGGCCCGCGUGGAAGAAAUCCUGGACCAUCGUGACAACCGCACGAAUGAGAUGGGCGAAUUUAAUAACAUUAUGGGCACUCCCGGCUGGGAUGCGAAGAUCCGCGUCUUCCUUGAAUGGCGCCGUGCCAAAUCUCAAGAAAGCCAGCUCCACGAGUCUGUUGGUAAGGUCGGCUCUGGUCUGCAACCACCCGUCAUGGGUCCGAAUGAGCAGCGAUCUCUGCAGCAUCUGGCUGACCUGGCAGUCGGUGCCGAAGGCUCUGUUGGCCAAGGCACCUCCGCAACCCCGCCUCCUGGCCUCGGCGAGCAGAACGACACAUCGCCGACUCUUGCACCACAGCUGGCUCAGUCGCAUAAUGGCGCUGGCCGUACCGUGGUUGACUUCACUAUGCUUACGAAGGAAGGAUAUUUGAAUGUGUUCUCUGGAUUGAUUUACAACAAACGUUCUCGCUAA